AUGUCGACAAACCGCGAGGAGCUGCUCGCAAAAGGGCGCGAGCAGUUUAACAAGCACAAGAAAAGGGGAAAGCGCCGCAAGAAUCGGAGUGGCAAGGCCGAGACCGGAUCCGGCCAGAGCCCGGCAACACCCGAACGUGAGACCGAGCCCGAGGCCUCCGUCUUUACCACCGACUCGACCGACGUGGCGCUACUGGCAACCGAUGACGACGACAAUGCCUCUGACGUAGCAGACGUGCUCGAUGACUACCUCCAACCGACCCCUCCACCCGAAACGCCACCGAGAUCGCCUGGGGGAGACGCGCUCGCGGACUAUCUUGCCCCGGCGUCGCCAACUACUCCACCGCAGAAUGGGCCCUCGCUCGGCUCGACAGACGAUGAUCCCACAGCGUACCUGCAGUCGCUCAUGAUGCUCUCGCCGAUGACGCCCGCGCAGUCUUCUGCUCCCCCCACUUUUGAGCACACGCCGCAGGAGGCAUCGCUCGCCUCACGCUUUGUCUCGGCCGAGGUGCCUGAAGAGGACACCACGGUCCAGCCCGCUUUCAAGGCUACCGUGGCCACUCUCACUGCCGCACUUAAGAGCACCGAGCACGUGGACAAUGCCUCGAUUGUCGAAGGCGUCCGCAAGCUUGCCACACUGCAUAACCGCCGCGCUCAGAACCUCAAGUCGAUCAUCGACUCGCAGCGAGCCCAUCUUCAGCAACUCAAGACCAACGAGCUUGAUCUCGCCGCGGCUGAGGCAAAGGAGUAUGACGAUUUCAUCAACGAGACAAUGCAGGAAAACGAGGAGCUGACAGAGACCAACGAGAAGCUCACCAUCGAGCUCGAUGAGCUCAAGGCCGACCGUGCUGCACUCGGCGACCGCCUUAAGUCGCUUCAGCUCAAGCUCGACGAUCAUGCUUCGCUGCUCGAGACAACGAAAAAUGAGGCAGCUCAGACUCGGACGGCGCUUGCUGAAGCCGAGCAAGCCGGUAAGGCCGCUCGCGACGAAAUCGACAGCCUCAACAACCGCAUCGACGCUCUCGAGCGUGACCUUGCCGACGCCCGCAACUCGGCAGCAGAGGCGAACGAGCUCAACAAGACCCUCAACGAUCAGGUGACCCAACUCGACAGUUUUGUUGCCACCGCCACUCGCGAGCGCGACGAUCUCGCCGCCGCUGCCUCGUCAGCAGCUGCGAAGAGUGCCGAAGAGCUCGUAGCUGCCCAGCACGAGAUCGAGCGGCUGGCCACCGAGCUUCGCGCCGUCCGCGGCGAGUUUGCUGCAGUCACCGCCGGCGAGAAAAAGUCCAAGGCUGAGCUCCGCAAGCUCACCGCCGACGCCGCCGACCGCGAGGCCAAGCUUGCUACCGAGGUCUCGGCCCGUGAGGCCCGGAUCAAGACGCUUGACGCAAACCUGGUCGACGCCGACUCCCGCAUCGAACUGCUUCAGAGCGAGCUGACCAAGUCGCGUGAAGCCGAGGCGAGUCUCCGCAAUGAUCUCGCCUCCCUCAGCGACGAGCUGGCAAAGGCACGCGACGACGACGCCACCCAUCUUGCCCAGUUGGAGACUGCAGAUCAAGAGCGCGAGGUCCUAGCUGCCCAGCUCGACGCCGCCACCAAGGAGCUCAAGGCCGCCAGGGCCGAAGCCGCUGCCGACCGCACCACCCUCGCUGCCGCCCAGUCAGAGCUUGACUUUGCUGAGAACAAGGCCGCCGCUGCAGAGACCAAGCUCGCACAGCUCGAGUCCGAGGCCGGCGCUGCCCACAUGACUGUCGCGGAGCUGACAGAAAGCGUCGAGCGGCUGACAACCAUCAACGACGACUUGCAGGCCCGGAUCAACGAGCAGGCUGGAGAGCUGAAAGAGGUUUCAGCCGAGGCUACUGAUGCUGCAAGCCAGCUCUCCCAGCUGUCGGCCAGUCGCGACCAGCUUCAGUCCGACUACGAACUUUCCCAGUCUACGCUCGCCGACGUGCACAAGCGGCUUGCGCAGGCUGAAAAGGUCGAGUCCGAGCUCCGCGCUCAGCUUGCAGCUGCUCUUGACGAGCUGGCGAGUGCCAAGCUCGCCGCCACUGAUGCAGUCAGUCUUGCCAAGCUCAACGACGAGCUCGAGACCAAGCUCAUCGCACUGAAGCAGGAUGUGAAGCGGCUCGAAGUCGAGCGCGACGAAGCUCGCUCGAACGUUGACACCUCGUCCAAGUCGCACAUCGAGUCGGUCCAGUCACUCUCUAAGCAGGUCGAGUCGCUGACGGAGAGCCUUCGCCGCGAAUCGGACCGUAACACUGAGCUCAACUCGUUGCUGCAGGCCGCACACGCCCGCAUCGCCGAGCUCGAAAGUGCCGCCAGCGAUGCUGCUGCCGCUGCCGCCGACAACGACAAGUUCACCUCUGAGUUGGACGCACUUCGUGAUGACGACCCGAGCCUCGAUAUCAGCGUUGCAGCUUGCAUGUCGUGCACUGAGCUGCAGAGCUCGCUCGAUACGCACGAAAUGGUCUCCCGUGAGGUGGCCAAGACCCUCAUCGACGCUCUCGGGUCGGAUGCGCCUGCUGCCGCCCACCCCGACGAGAUCCUGCCGAUGGCGCUCAGCGCUGCCAGCCUCAUUGGCCGGCUUCAGAGUGAUCUGGACGAGGCCGAAGCCGCUGCCGCGACAGCCGUGGCCAGCGCCGACGCCGCCCUAAGCACUGUUGCUCAGCUGGAAGCCGAGGCCUUCGAGCGUCAGUCUGACUUUGACGAGCUUCAGACCCAGUGCGACUUGCUCGAGCAAGAGCGCGACGACCUUGUGGCAUCAUCGGCGGACUCGGCCCAACUGGAGGGGCAAAUCCGCUCGCUGGAAGCCGCACUCGCCGACCUGUCGCAAACCUUUGAGGCUCGCAACAACGAAAACGAGGCCACCAUGGGAGCCCUUAGGUCCGAGAAUGCCGCUCUCAAAUCCGAGCUCGCUGCACUCACCGACCUGUCGCAGACGCUCAAGGCCCGCAACGCUGAGAACGAGGCCACUCUGACGGCGCUCACUUCCGAGCGCGAUGCGCUGCAGUCUGAACUCACGGCCCUCGCAGACGCUUCUCAGGCUGUGGAAGGCCGUAACGCCGAGAAUGAGACGCUUGUGGCAGCGUUUCAGCGCGAGUGCGAGACGCUGCAGGCUGACAAGGCUGAUCUUGUCGCCCAGGUCGAGGAUCUCAAGGUCGAGGUGGCAUCGACCCAGCUGCAAGUUUCUUCGCUCGAAAGCGAGAUCAAUCCCAUGCGGCAACAGGUGUUGGCGCUCCUCGAACAGAAUGAUACCCUCGAGCACGAGCUUCAGCUGGCGCAAGACGAUCUCCGCGUCGCGCAGGACACCGUUGCCGACCAAAAGGUGCUCGUCGGCAUUCUUAAGGAGGCUUUGAUGGAGCAGGCGGUUGCCGCCUCGUCAGUCGAUGCAUGCGGCCACCCGCGCGAGCUCAAGCUCAAGUACCCCGGCCAGCGCGCCAAGCUCCCAAACUUGUCCGACGACGACGACAACGCACGAGCUAACGAGCUCCUCUUCUCCAUGUCCACCGCAAAGGCGCUCUCGGCCCGGGCUGGCGUUGACGUCACUCCCGCUUUUGGCGGAGACACUGCACUCUCGCUCUCGACCUCGUCAUCGGGCUCGCUCCACGAGAGCAACGCGUCCGUCCCGGAGCCAUCAAACCUUGCUCCCGAGCCGACGACUGUCGAAGACCUCGUUGCCGAGCUUGCCCACCUGCGCCGUACCAACCGCGUGCUCGAGGAGCGUAUCGCUUUGUACGAAAACCCGCAGUCAGGAGCCACCGAGGCACUCGAUGGCCUUGCCAUGCCAAGCUUUGAUGACGGCCAGACCGACGACCUUGAUCUGCUGCUUGCGUUUGGCGAGUCGCUUGCCGACCACUCGAUGCCGCGCCGCGAGCUGAGCGAGGCCUCCAGCGAGCCCGCUCCGGGCUCGUGUGCCAUCUCGGCGUGGGAGGUCCUCCGCUGGGUCAAAGAGGCGCUGACUGCGCUCGGCAUUGGGCGUCACUCGCUCAACAAUGCUUCACUCGCCGCCUACCCCCGCAAGUGGCUCGAUGCUCUCCUUCGGCACAUUGAUCUGCGGACCCGCAAGAUCAACCAGCUCAAGGCGCAGUACAGCCAGGCGGUGACCAACGCCGCUGCCCUUAAGCGCCAGUCGGCCGCUAUGCUGAAGAGCCAGCAGGAGGUCUAUGCCAAGGACCGGGCCGCGCUGGUGGCCCAGGCAUCAUCCGCCGAUGUUGCUGCUGCCGCCGACGCAGGUCUGGUCCGCGAGCUUGAGGCCGCCAAGGCCACUCUUACUGAGCUUGAAGCCGCGCGCUCGGCUCUGCUCCGCUCCAAUGCCGAGCUUGGGCGUGAUCUGAGUCACCUUCGCGAGCUUGCUGGCGCCGGGCCGCAGGAGCUCGCCCGCGCGGUUGUGGCGGCCAAGACCCAAAAGACCAUGUUUGAGGCGCGCCUCAACGAGGUCGAGGCCCUUGUGCCAUCGGCUGCUGAAAUUGACAGCCUCCUUCUUGAGCGUGAUGAGGCGCGACUGCAGCGCGAUGCGCUUGAGCUCGAGCGUGACGAGGCGCUCGGCAGGAUCGAAGCGCUGGAGCUGGAGCGCGACGAGGCCCAGCUUCAGCACGAAAUGGAAUCUGCCGACCAUCGACAAUGCGUUGCUCGCCUCGAGCUCCUCGAGGCCGAGCACGCCAGCUGCAAGGAGAAGUUCGCCGAGCUGGAGGAGCUGCGCCAGUCGGCCAACAACUCGCAAGCUACCGUACAGCUCGAAGCCGUCGAGGCCGAACUGCUCAAGUGUGAGAGCAAGCUCGCCGCUCUUCAGCUCCAGUACGAGAUGGAGUCUGUCGACCACCAGCAGUGUGCCGAACGCCUAGCAACGGCUGAGGCUGAGCACGCUGAGUGCAAGACCAAGGCUGACGAGCUCGAGCGGCAACUGGAGGAAGCGCAGGCCGCAGUGACCGCAGCCGCACAACGACCAGCGCCCGUCAUUGCUCCUGCUAGCUCGCCGCCGCGCCAGGCCAUCAACAUAUCGCUGGGCGAAGCCGAAGACCUGCGCGGCUAUCUGGCGCCGGCUACGCCUGUGUCGGCCCGGCGCGGACUGGGCGCAUCAGCGCUGGGGGGCUCGUCGCUUGGCGCUUCGCUCUGGAGCCCUGCACGCACCACAAGCUUUGCUGAGCCCGCCACGCCGGGCGAGGUCCUUAACCGAGCGCUUGCGUCGUCUAAUCCGAUGGGUGCGCUCAAGAUGCACCUGGUCUCGCUCCGCGGCCUUUGGCAGCACGAGGUCAAGGCUAAUGCUGCGCUGCGCGAGCUGAUCGAAACGAUGAGGGCCGACCGCGAUCGGGUUGCCCACGAGGCCCGCAGCCGUGAGGAGCAGCACGCGCGUGUGGUGGCCGAAAAGGACCGCGCCCUUGACGAGCUGCGCAUCAACGUGACCCAGCACAUGGCCCAGGCCCAGGCUCACUCGUCGUCGCUUGUCGAGACCAUUUCGACCAACCUGAGCGAGAUGCAGGGCUCCCAGUCGGUGCUCUCGCAAACAGCGCUUGCGGCGUCGACUGAGGCCAACCGGCUGCGGGUUGAGCUCGAAAGCGCCCGCGACAAGACUCAAGCGGCCAUCCGUGAGACCGACCGAAUCCGGGACCAGGCCGCGGCUGACCUUGCCUCAGCUGAAGCGAGUGCUGCCAACGCACACGCCCAGGUGGCUCGACUCGCUCACGAGAAGCAAGCCGUUGAGGGCGAGCUUGCUUCGAUACGGGCCCAGCUGGAAGCUGUCCAGAGCGAGCGCGCUGGGGCACAGGACUCGAUCUCACAGCUGACUCGAGCGCUUCAACAGUGUCGGGCCGAGGUGGCCGAACUGGAGCGGACUCGCGACGGUGCGCUUGAUACUGCAUCGGCUGCUGCCGAUGAGCUCGAGCGCGUCCGCGCCGAGUUUGACUCGUUGGCCGCCGAACUGGAAACGUGCCGGUCCGAGGUCCGCGCUCGCGACGAUGAGCUGCGCCGGGCCAAACGAAGCCACGGCUCGCUGGAGAACUCACUCGAGUCCAAGUACGACGGGCUCAACGGCGAGCGCAUGGCACUGCUGGAGGAACUGGGCCGCCUGCGGGAGACUGAGGCUGCGCUGGCCAACGUCCAGGCGCGCGCUGACAACUUUGAGUCGCUCCUCGGCCAAGAGCGCCAGAUCGGAACGGAGGCGUCGACAACGCUCGUCGAGAUCCAAACUCGCCUCGCCCAAUCUGAGCUCGAGCGGGCUGCGCUCGAUUCGCAGCUGCGCUCGGCACGAGUUGAGCUGGCCCAGGCUCAGGGCUCGGCCGAGGCGCUGCGCGAGCAGUUAACCGAGGCAAAUGCCGAAGUUGCCACCGCUCGCAACGCCGCUGCCUCUACCCGAUCCAUGCUGCAGAACGAGCGGGCUGCGUGGGAAGCCAAGGUUGGAGCUGCAGCCGUCUCUGCCCAGCAAGUGCAGGACUCGAUCACUCGCGACUUUGAAGCGGCGGCACUGCUUGCCGAUGACAACGGCCGUGCGCUUGCGGCUGCCAACGUCGAGCUCAGCUCGCUGCGUGAGGAGCUGGACGAGGCAAGGGCCGACGCGCGGAGUGCCCGCGAGGAGGGCCGCCGACUCAAGCGAAGCGCUGAGGAAGCCAAUCGCCUUGCCGAGAGCCGCGAGCACGAGCUUGCAGCUGCCCGCGAGUCAGCGGCGCGGCACCAAGCCGAGAUUUCUGAGCUCGCUCUGCAGCUUGCCGAUAAGCGCGAUGAGGCAGCGGCGGCCGAGGAGGUCAAGGCCAAGGCCGCUGCCGAGGCCGCUGACGCUCGUGAAGAGGUGGCGCGUGCGCAGGCAAGUGUGGCGCGUAUGCAGGCCGACCUUGCGGCUGCACGUGGCGAGCUCGAGACUGCCCAGGCUCAACGGGCGGCCGAGGCGCUUGCCAACGCAUCUGCAAAGUCGCAGUUGGAGAACUCAGCGCACACUGUUCGGGUCCAGCUCGACGACGCCCGGCACCAGUUGGAGGACUCGCGGCGGGAAGUUGGCGCGCUGCGCGAGGAGCUGGCUGCUGCCCGUCGCGAGCUUGCUGCCAAGGACGCGUCGCAUCGCGAGCGGUCGCUGGAGACAACCGCCAUCGCGUCGCAGGCCUCGAUGGCAGCGCUAGAGCGGGCGCGGACUGUCAGUGAGCUGAGUCAGGCCCGCCAAGAGAACGCCCGACUCCGCGCGCUGGCCGAUGAGCUGCAGGCUGAGGUUGAGCGCGAGCGCGCCCGGGGCAACGAGCGGCGCAGUGCGCAAAAUUUUGCCUCGGACAAGGUGACGGCGCUCGAAGCCCGGGUUGUCUCUCUCACCGUAGCGCUUGACAAGGAGCACGUCAGCGCGACCAAGGCCGUGCUUGGCUUCCGGAUGCUGCAGCACCACCUGGAGCGUGCUAACGCCUUCCGGGCUUCGCUCAUCUACCAGAAGCAGUACCUCAUCCUCCUUCUCGGCGGCUUUGAGGCGUGCGAGAUGGCGACCAUGUCGUAUCUCUCCCGCCUCGGUGCUGUCCAUCAGGAGCAGCUCCAGCUUGGAGGGUCGGCUGCGGUUGCGGCACGCAAGCGCACCGCCCGUCGCCGAUUCCGAGUCGCCGCUCAUGUUGUGCGCGGCAUUGUCCGCCUCCGCAUCCUCGCGCGCCGCUUUGCCAAGCUGGAGACGUCGACCCGCGCCCAGAUGGCCGAGCUGGGCGAAGACGUGCCCCAACCAACGCCGAUGCCGCCGCCAUCACGGAUGACACCACCGCUGCAGCGGCGCCCGCCGCCGGCAGCCCAAGCCUCAAGUCAUGGCACUCUCCGCGCGCUGAACCCGUCAUACGAAGUGCGGCAGCGGCGUGGGCUCGCCUCAGCAGACCUCGAUCACGCGAGCUCUGGCCACGCCCACCGACCGCCAGCUCUGACCCGGGUGGCACCAACUCGCGAAGUGCAGCCGCCUUUGGAGCGCCGCAGCGAGUACGUUGAGUAUGCCCACCCGAGGGCGCCAUCGGCGUACGGCUCGCAGAAUGCCCCGCCCAACCGCGAAGCCGCCGCCACCGGCGCCGCUGAGCGCGAGCAGGCCUAUGCUCGCCUGGCGCAGCUGCGGUCAUCGACCCGUGCCGAGAUCGAGGGCGAUCUCUCAACCGGGCGCGUGCCAUCUGCACACCUCAAGGCUUAUCUGGCGUCGAUUGACGAUGCCAUGACCAAGUUGUCGACCAUGUAGCCAGCCCGUCGUGUUCGAGCCGCACCAUGUUGACUUACCC